AUGAGGGGGACAGAUGCAGCCGCCAGAGCACAGAGAACUGGAGAACCCACCUCAGCGACAGCAAACGCCAAGAGGGACCGGGAGAAGGGAGGCGAGGCAACAAGGACUAAAGCCGCCAACACAACAGACGCGGUAGAACACCCCACUGUGACAAGGGUGAAUGCCACAGAGGUUAGAACAGGACCUAUGGAGCUGACCCCUAUGAAACUGGGUGAGAACUUCGUUGUCACGAGCAGCCUCGUUAACGACCUCCUACUCGCGUGCGAAAGCACUGAGGAGCAGCCCUCUGAAAGAACGGCAGCCACUCUGCCACCUACCGAUUCGAUGCACCAGGAACAAAGUCACCCUAAACAGCAGCAACAGCAACACCAGCGACAGCAUCAGCAGCGGCGGCAGCAGCAGCAGCAGCAGCAGCAGCAGCAGCAGCAGCAGCAGCAGCAGCAGCAGCAGCAGCAGCAGCAGCAGCAGCAGCAGCAGCAGCAGCAGCAGCAGCAGCAGCAGCAGCAGCAGCAGCAGCAGCAGCAGCAGCAACAGCUACAGCAGCAGCUACAGCCGCAGCAGCAGCAGCCACAGCUCCUAAAGCAACAGGAUCGGAAACAAAAUGAACAGCAGGAGGCACAUCAGCAGCAGCAGCUACAGCUCGAGCAACAACAAAAGGACCUGCAGCAGCAAUUGCCUCUGCCACAACAGGGGCAGCAGCAGCAGCUGCAGCAGCAACCGCCUCUGCCACAGCAGCAGCAGCAGCAGCAGCAGCAGCAGCAGCCACAACAGCUGCUGUCCCAUCAGCAGCAGCAGCAGCAGCAGCAGCAGCAGCAGCAGCAACAGCAGCUGCUGUCUCAUCAGCAGCAGCAGCUACAACAGGCGGGGGAUCAGCAGGGACAAGAACAGCUGCAGCAACAGCAGCAGCAGCAGCAGCAACAGCAACAGCAGCAGCAGCAGCAGCAGCAGCAGCAGCAGCAGCAGCAGCAGCAGCAGCAGCAGCAGCAGCAACAGCAGGAGCAGCAGCAGCAGCAACAGCAGCAGCAGCAGCAGCAGCUGCAGCAACAGCAGCAGCAGCAGCAACAGCAGCGGCAGCAGCAGCAGCAGCAGCAACAACAGCAGCAGCAGCAGCAGCAGCAGCAACAGCUCCAGCAGCAGCGACAACAGCAGCAGCAGCAGCAACAACAACCGCAACCGCCCCUGGAGUUGCAACAACAGCAGCAACAGCCACCUCCGGAGCAGCAGCAGCCAUCUCCGGAACGGCAGCAGCAGCAGCAGCAGCAGCAGCAGCAGCAGCAGCAGCAGCAGCAGCAGCAGCAGCAGCAGCAGCAGCAGCAGCAGCAGCAACAGCAGCAGCAGCAGCAGCAGCAUCAGCAUCAGCAGCAGUCGCCCCUGGGACAGCAGCAGCGGCAGCCGCCUCUGGAGCAGCAGCAGCAGCAACAGCAGCAGCCGCCUCGGCGACAGGACAGCAGGGAGCCGGCACCUAUAAUCAUCCGAUGCCCGUCUGAGCUAGCCCCUUUCGGAGACGACGAGGCAGAGCCACCAACGAGUCCAACAGGCCAGCCAAGCCCUGGGCGAGCGGCGUACAGGCUACCGGAGGGCGAAGACCUCCCUGCGGUUUGGUGCCAGCUCAUUGAUAACAUGCAGCCGCUGCUACUAGACAAAAAACCGCCAGAGCCUCCCACAUCCACAGACUUCACAACCAUGCCACAGGUCAUGAACGAGAUACUAGAGGAGGAGUUGAUCUCUUUCAGGAAAUGCCUCCGCACCUUCAGCAAAGUGGCAACGGGCCUCAGAGAGCUUCAGCAGCAGCUUCGGAAGGGAGAAGUCUCUCACGCUCUGCCCAUCUCGACCCCUAAGCUUCAGCUAACCGACCCUGUGUUACAGGAGCAGCUGAAUAACGCGCUUGGAGAGGAGGUGAAAACCUUCAAAACCAAAGCCCAGACAACGCUGCUGUUCUACAAGGAGAAAGAGAAAGCUGUGUGGGAGAAGGCAGCAGGGUUAUGGGAGCCGCGGACACACACACACUUCGAAGGGUUCCUCGAGAAAAUUCUAGAGGCUUUCGAGCGUCGAUCUGCAGCUGGUACCCCUGCUGCCGACGACUACUUGGGGGAGCUAGCUGCCGACUACCUCGCACGGGGCAUAGCUAGGGAGCUAAUGUUCCAUGCGGUGUGGGUACAGGGCAGCCGAGGAGCGAGGGCCAAGGUGGCAGCAAAGCGAGAGAAAGCAGAAGCUGAACAGGCAAGGCUGGAGGAUAUCCAAACCAGCCCCUCAACGACCCUACUGGAGCUGGUGCAUGCGGUGAUGAACAAGGGCCUGGAACCCCUGCAGCAGCGACUCAAGGCCUUAGAGGACCGGCAGUCAAGCAGCAAGGGAGAACCAAUCUCGGGGCAACCACCAAAACAGGAGCAGGGGGAGCCACGGGAGGUGAGGCAGCUGUCUCAGCAACAGCAGGGCGUGAAGAUGAAACGGGAGAGGCUGGGGGACAGGCAGAAGGGGCUGGUGGCAGGAAGGAAGUGA